AUGCCAGACGCAUUCACGCCAUUCAAAGUUGACCUUGAGGCCGAGUCAAAUCGUAGCUUCGACACACGUCAGAUUCAUUCAGGUGCAAAGCCCGACAUAGCUACUAGAGCGAGAGCUGUGCCAAUCUACUCCACAGCAUCUUAUGUUUUCACCGACAGCGAGCAUGCCCGGCGUGUGUGUACCAACCAGGAGGCGGGAUACGUAUACACUCGCAUUUCCAAUCCAACCGUUGAGGUUCUUGAGAAGCGUGUCGCGGCUUUAGAAGGAGGCACAGCAGCAGUGGCAUGCGCUUCAGGGCAAUCUGCCGUAUUCCAGGCCAUCCUGUGUCUGGCACAUACCGGACAAAACAUUGUCGCAUCGACCAACCUGUACGGAGGCAGCUACAGUCUCUUCAAGUCAAUUCUACCACGACUUGGAAUCUCCGUCAAAUGGGUCCACGGCGAUGAUCCGGAGAGCUAUCGCGAAUUAAUUGACGACAACACCAGGCUUGUCUUUGUAGAAACGGUGGGGAACCCGCGCAUCAGUGUCCCUGACCUCCGAGCAAUUGCCGACAUCGCCCAUGCCCACAAUCUGCCUUUCGUGGUUGACAACACAUUCGGGGCUGGUGGUUAUUGGUGCCCCGUGAUUGAGCACGGGGUGGAUAUCGUUGUGCAUUCGGCCACGAAGUGGCUCGGCGGUCAUGGAACUACAGUCGGAGGCAUAAUUGUCGACUCGGGGAAGUUUGACUGGGCAGGCACAGGGGAUAAGUUCCCUCAUUUGACCCGCAAAAGUGAAGGCCCGAUGGAGUUCUCCUACGCCAGCAACUUCGGUAACAUUGCUUUUGCGAUCGCCCUUCGCAUUGAAGUAGUGAUGGAAGUCGGGUCUGUAAUGAACCCAUUCGCUGCGCAGCAGAUCCUUUUAGGUAUUGAGACACUCAGUCUCCGAUGUGAUCGUAUCGCCGCGAAUGCCCUGCGGACGGCAGAGUUUCUGGAGAAGCACCCGCGCAUUCAAUGGGUAAGCUACCCGGGACUGCCAGGAGAUAAGUACCAUAAUGUUGCCAAAAAAUACCUCCGUCGUGGCUUUGGAGGCGUUCUAUCGUUUGGCGUCAAGGGGGGCACGAUUGGUAGCAAGGCCUUUGUGGACGCCCUUCGAUUGGUCUCAAACAUGACAAAUGUCGGUGAUUGCAAGACCAUGGCAACACACCCCUGGAGCUCUACUCAUUCUAUUAUGAGCGAGCAAGACCGCACCAACGCAGGAAUUACAGAGGAUCUAAUCCGACUUUCGGUAGGAACGGAGGAUAUCGUCGAUAUUAUCGAGGAUCUAUCACGAGCCUGCGCGGCCAUACCUGAGGAUUGCCUUCGAGAUGUAAACGGGAAGGUAGCAGAUAGCUGUGACAAUGUGUAG